UGGUCGUGGCUGAGCUCGCGUACGCCGCUGGGACUGCUCGCUGACGGACCGGCGCGCGUCUGUGCGGGAGGGGGGCGGACUGGCGUCUGCCGCUGCCGCUGCCGGCUAGCUUUGUGCGCGCGACGGACCUGUGACUGACUGCCGUGCGCUUGUAAACACUUGUGAACUGACGAAGAGACACAGAGUGCUGCUCGUGUGUGUAUACUCUCGGUCGGCGGUGUCUGCGACCGUUUGAUGUCUGGGCACCGUGACGGUGACAGCGCCAUGGCGUCGACGUUGGGACGAUUAGCGCUGGCGUGCCUGCUGUUGCUCGCGACAGCGGUACAAGCGCGUCCCGCCACCAGAUACAUCCUGCUCGGGUCGGAGCACGCGGCGGUGAGCGUGCAGCUGGGAGACACGGUGCGCCUCGAGUGCUCCCACCACCACCAGCACCAGCAGCAGCAGCAGCAGCAGACCCUGCCGCAGCCCGCGGCGCCGCUGUGGUUCCGCGACGGCCGCCGCCUGCACACGGCGCUGCCGCGGCUCACCAUCGCCAGGCACUGGCUAAACAUAAAAUCCGUGAAGUGUAGUGAUGCUGCAAAGUACAGCUGCUAUCUCGAAACGGACAAUGGAAGAUUAUGGCAAAACAUUACGGUAGCAGUCAACGAUAUGAACUGCCAAAAAGCUGUAAAUACAAAGCGAGCGUCCCUAAAUCAAGAGAGCUCCACAAGCAAAGCUGACUUGAUGCCUGUCGAGGGCUCAGGGAGCAUUCUCGGUGCAAGUGGCAUGGGAACUCAGCACGGGACCCCAGCCGAAUCCGUGGACUAUGUUUCAGAUGAAGAUGCUGUAGAAGGUAGCUUUAUCCAUGCUGAGGUACCUUUGAGGAUGCAAAAGACAAAGGUUGCUAUUAUAGGAAGUUCACCUGUUCUUGACUGUGGUGUUCCAGAGGAAGCUGAAAGUAAUAUUACUUGGAUAAAACAUGAUACAAAUGAAAUUCCUAGCAUUGAUCUGGACAAUAUCCCUGAUGAAUAUGUUAUCAAGUUUGGCCCACAUCAGCUACUAGAGCUUCAGGAUAUCAAUGUGGAUGAUGCUGGCUGGUACACAUGUAUAGCUUGCUCACUGCACUGUCAAGCAGUUACAACAAUUUGGCUCCAAUUAGAUCAUGCUAUGUCACUUAUUGCUGAUUCAGAAGUGGACACAUCUGUGGAUACCAAUAUAUCUCUACAAGAUAUAGAUGUGUCAGAAGAGCAGAAACUUUAUGGUUCUACAACAUAUUUAAAAUCACCAGUGUUCUCAAAACCAAACAAGAUGCAUCCUCUAAACAUAAAGGCAGCAGGCAGUUCUCUCAAUCUGAAAUGUCAAGCAGAUGGAGAUCCAACUCCAAACAUCACAUGGUAUAAAGAUGGAGGGAGUUUAGAUCACAACUUGGAGGUGACAUAUAAACGAUGGUCCAUUAAUCUUGAGAAGUUGCAGGCUUCUGAUUCUGGAAAUUACACUUGUAUUGUCUGCAAUGUAAAUGGAUGCAUAAAUUUCACCCAUAUAGUGGAAGUUAUUGACAAACACUCUGGGAGGCAGUUUCCUCACUACAUCAAGAACAUAACAGCUGCUGUAAAUACAACAACUGAACUGAAAUGCGUCCCUGUCAUGGAUAACCAAGCACACAUUCUGUGGCAACGUGUAGCCAGUUGUCCAAGCAGUAAUACUGAUAGUGCUUCAGAGUCAGUGUUUCCACCACAGCCUAGGGGCAGCCAACAUCUGCUGAUUAUUCCAAACAUAACACACAACAGUGAGGGCUGGUAUGAGUGCAUCACAACCAUCAAAACUGGAAGCAUUUUUACCUGUGUCUACCUACAAGUGAUUGACGAACAUUUUACCUAUACUGGUAAGACAGCUCAGGUAGAAAGAAAGAAGGUUGCUGUCGUUGGGAGUUCUCCGACACUCACCUGUGAUGUCCCACCUGGACCUGACGUUCAUGUUCGCUGGAUAAAGCACAAUACCAGAAGACUGCCUUUCAAAGAUUUAAAUAAUAUACCUUCUCAGUACAUUGUUUCAUCUGAUAAAAGUGGCCAGUUGUUGCUCCAGCGUAUAAGCUUGGAUCAUGCUGGAUGGUACACGUGUUUGGUAUGCAACAGACAGUGCACUUUCUCUGGUACCACAUGGCUUCAAGUCAACCCAGCUUUAUCUCAACUGGGAGCUGCAGAAGCAGAUGAUUCUCAUGAUGUUGAUGGGCCUGACAGAGAGACUGAUCUUCUGUCUAAGCCAGGUUCUGUAAAUGCUACAGGGGAUUUAAAACCACCAACUUUUGUAAAACCUAACACUAUGCAUCCUGUAAUCAUGAAGCCUGCUGGAAACACUUUGCGUCUCAAAUGUCAAGCUGAUGGAAAUCCAAGUCCAAAUAUUACUUGGUACAAAAAUGGUGUGACCCCAGAACGCCAUUUAGGUGUUAUAUCAUAUAGGCGAUGGUCAAUGAAUUUAGAAGAUCUGACAACUUUUGAUUCUGGCAAUUACAGUUGUGUUGUCUGCAAUGAACUGGAGUGUAUCAACCACACAUUUAAAGUGGAUGUUAUUGAACGGUAUCCACACAGACCUUAUAUACACAGCGCCGAAAAUAAGACAGCUGUUGUGAACACUACUGCUGAGUUAACAUGUACUACAGUCUCAGACCUUGAACCACAUAUCCAGUGGCUACGUGUUGAAUCUUGUCCAAGUGGUGAUAUUGAUGAUGCAGAUGAUAUUCCCAAUGCAACACUUCUUCCUCAGCCAGAAGAUGAUCCUCAGACACUGGUUCUUCAUAAUGUCACAUAUGAUGAUGAAGGAUGGUACACAUGUAUAGCAGCAAAUAGCUUGGGAACCACUUAUGCAAGUGCAUACCUGAAAGUUGUUGAUGCUCUGGAAGUCAAUGACCCAACCAUCACCAUCACUCAGCGUCCACAUCCAAUGUUAGUCAACACGCUUGUCGGUGUUUUAUGUGCUAUAUUUUUUGUUGGAAUGUUUUCAAUGGUAUGCAUCUUCAAGAAGCUCAACAGGGAGAAGAAACAAAAACUGCAAGCUAUUGAAAUUGCUGCAAGAGCUGCUGUGGUAACACAGUGGACUAAGAAAGUUAUUGUUGAAAAACAGCAGUUAUCAAAUGCACAGAACACACAGGAACCCCUGCUAAUGCCAAUUGUGAAAAUAGAGAAGCAAAAGUCACAUGGUCAGACAAACACAUCCUCUGGUUCUGACUUAAUGAUAUCUGAGUACGAACUUCCUUUGGAUUCUGAGUGGGAAUUUCCAAGGGAACUACUUACUCUUGGUAAAUCAUUGGGUGAAGGUGCUUUUGGAAAAGUAGUCAAAGCUGAGGCACAAGGAAUUGUAAAACAUGGAGUCAGUACUAUUGUAGCAGUUAAAAUGUUAAAAGAGGGGCACACUGAUGCUGAGAUGAUGGAUUUAGUGUCAGAAAUGGAAAUGAUGAAGAUGAUUGGCAAGCAUAUUAACAUCAUUAACUUGUUAGGUUGUUGCACUCAAGAUGGUCCAUUAUAUGUAGUUGUGGAAUAUGCCCCACAUGGCAAUCUUCGAGAUUUCUUACGACAACGAAGACCAUCCUCUGGAUAUGAACCAGCUAUUGGUACUGACCUCAAAGAGAAAAACACACUGACUCAAAAAGAUCUUGUUUCAUUUGCAUACCAAGUUGCAAGAGGAAUGGAGUAUCUAGCAUCAAGAAGGUGCAUCCAUAGGGAUCUAGCAGCAAGAAAUGUUCUUGUAAGUGAUGAAUAUAUUCUCAAAAUUGCUGAUUUUGGUCUGGCAAGAGAUAUACACUGUCAUGACUACUACCGUAAAACUACUGAUGGAAGGUUACCUGUGAAAUGGAUGGCACCUGAGGCCUUAUUCCAUAGGGUAUACACAACUCAGUCUGAUGUGUGGUCAUAUGGUAUACUGUUAUGGGAGAUAAUGACUCUUGGGGGAACUCCAUAUCCUUCAGUUCCCAGUGUUGAGAAACUUUUUCAACUAUUGAGAAGUGGCCACAGAAUGGAGAAGCCACCAUGCUGUUCCCUGGAAAUAUACAUGCUAAUGAGGGAUUGCUGGAACUAUCAGCCAAAUGAAAGACCCAUGUUCAGUGAACUGGUUGAAGAUUUGGACAGAAUACUCACAAUUACAGCAAAUGAGGUAGUGUAUUGUAAUAACGGAAAUUUUGAAACUACUGAGCAACAAUGAGGUGGAUGGUGCAUGCUCAAGGAAUACCUUGAUCUUGGGCUGCCACAACUAGACACCCCACCAUCGAGUCAAGAAUCUUGUCAAGAAUCAAGUGAUGAUGAAGAAAAGUUUCCCAGUCUUUUGUGAUUAACUACUUCAGAUGAUAUGUGUGAUGCUCAAAGCAACUACUGCAAGUGAAAAGUCCCAGAGACUUAAAGCUUCAGUUAUGUGCCUGAAUAAACAUGUAAAUUUAUUUAUUGACUGUUAUGCUGUGAAGUGAAAAAAUGAAAGGAAGAAGCACAUUAUGUAUUUGUUAUGUGUGUGUGUGUGUGUGUGUGUGUGUGUGACAGAAGGUGGAGGAGGGGAGAGAGAGAGAGAGAGAGAGAGAUAGAGAGAGAGAACGAAUAUUGAGAAGUACAGAUAUUUUUUUUACAUUUUGUGCUGAAGUUAUUGAACUUAUUUUGUUUUGUGUUAUUGAUUGAAUGUGCUCACUGUGGUGAAAAACUUUCUGUAUUUGAAUUCACAGUGGAGCUUAAAUGUGUUGUAUGCAUCACUAAUGAUGUUGCCACAAAAGACUGAGAAGAACGCGAUGACAAACAUUAUCUAAAUGGAACAGAAGAUUCAUUUAACAACACAAAAAUGUACAUUUGUGAAACUACUGCAGCAUAAAAGUGAAAGUGAAAUUUUCAUUACUAGUCGUUUAUUAUUUAAUAAGUGCAACUCCAUGACACUUGCAGCUAGACAGUGAGAGAAAUGAUCAUUGUAGAAAGAGGAACUAAUGGGCUGGCAGUGUCACUGAGUGGAGAAAUUCACUCAAUAUUAAUGUUAAAUAGUUUCACCAAUGAAACUGCCUUAUCAGUAUAUAAUAAUGAAAGUACAAAGCAUAACCUCUAAUUAACAUUGCUACAAGUAAUAAUAAAAAUUUAUUUUUAGGUUGUAACAAAACAAUUAGGGCAUUACUUGUUGUAAUUUUUUGUAAAUCUGUGUUCCUCUUAGCUGUUAGUCUCUUUGUACAUAUAGAGUUUCAUAGUUAUACAAUACAUUGUUGUUACCAGAAAUUAUCAUGAAGCAAUUGUUCUGUUUACAUUUAAGUUUUCAACAGAUCUCGGGCUCAAUGAAUAUAUAUCUUUAUACCCAAGCAAUUACAUAUUACUAGCUAUAAUAUUCUGCCUGCAGACUUUCCCUUUGGUUUUUCAAAGAGGGGACAGUGGGGAUCCCAUGGUAUAAAGUCCACUUAGAAGUAUGAGGACAACUGAAAGUAAAUUGGCAGCUUCACCUGAUAUGUAAUGCUGCUAACAACAGAAAUAAGUCUUGAGUUUUAUACUUUAUAUCAAUUAUUCACUAUGGUUAAGAAAAAUUAGCAGAAAAGGGUGCAGAGCUACUGGAUGUACAAGCUGAAAAUGCAUCUCUGAGUCGAAUUCAUGGAUAAUGCCUAUAACUGAUCACACAGUGCGCUCUGUUCACUCAUUUUCAAACAUGUUAAAAACACACAACAACAAAGAAAACACUGUGCUCAACAGUGUCACUGUCACUGUUAGAGUUCUAUUCAAACAAUAAGAUUGCCAGAGCUGAAGAAAAAAACUAUUUUUCUGGCUCUUGUUCCUGUGGAUGCUGGACUGUCCAGUUUAGUGCCAAAGAACGACUGUGAAGAUAAUAUACACCCUACAAUGUAUUUGAUCAAAUUAGUUCAUGUUUAUGAAUUAUUGGAAAUCUUCUGCUGAUAUAAGCACAAAUAACUGCCUUACCUUAUAGUCACCUUACAACUUCAUUGUCAUUUGUUAUUGUAAUUAACCAGAUGAGUGGGGGACAGUGGUUAUGUCUUAACAUACCACUACAAGAUGACCUGUUAAAAUAUAUAUUCCAAAUUUUAUAUUACAAAAAUAUGCUAUUAUAUUAACUAAAAAGUUGUUCAUUUUCUUAAUUUUGUAAUCAAUAGAUUAUUUGGCAUAACAUCACCAAAAGAAUAAUAUCAAAACUUCAUCUCAUCACACUUAGACAGGAUUUUCAGUUACUGAGCAGCUUUUAAAAUUUAAGAACACUAUAAUGUUUAAACAGACAUACAAAAGUAUGAAUAUAUCCAUUACCUACCAAUAAACCUAUGUUUGUUUUGUUGUAAACAUAAACCUACCACAAGACUUUUUCUUUUUACAAAAUAGUGAUUUUAAAAUUAUUCACCAUUAUCUCUUGCACUGUUGAAAAUAACAACAUAUAUUGUGCAGUUGACUUCAAACUUCCGAAAAGGAGGUCACACUUAAGAAUAUUGCAGCAUUAUUAAGUUAUUAAAUUCAGCUUUUCAUUUCUUGAAUAAUAAAUGAUAAUUUGAAAAAAUGCAACAUGAGUAACUAAAAAAGAGACAUUCAUAUACAAAUACUGCUGCUGCUUCAGUUGCUUAGUAACUCUGAAAUUACUUCAUUAAAUCUUUUGAUAUAAUCUGUAGUGCUAAAUUUAGUGAAGUCCAUUGACCUUCAUCUGUUAUUAAAAACUUCUAAAAUGUUGGCUUUAAUCCAUAGUUUAAUGCAAGAGGUAGUUCCUAACACUUAAACAUUAGAAAAAAAAUAGGCCUAUGUUAUUUUCACGUGUCAAAACAGGAAAUUGUAAUGUGGAAGUGCACUUGUGAUAUUGUUACUAUUACAAUGUGCUUGUCUCAGUCAUAUAAAGUGGAGUAGGGUGUGAUGAGGAACAUGUACAUGUUCUUGUUGUAAUAUCUUUUCUGUUUAAUUUCACAUUAUUUUUCUUUUCAUUCAUAAAUCUGUCCAAAGAGAUCUGCAGCAUGUUUACUUCUGUCAUAUCAGUUUUAAUUCUGUCCCAUUUAUCUGAUGUUUCAAUGCAGCUAAACACUAUACUUCAUACAUAACCUCAAGUAAAAUAUUUCAUUAUUCAAGUAAAUUAUCCAACUAUUAAACUUGUUUUCAUUAAUCACUUUAAACUGUUAUGAAGGAGAAAAUGGCAUAUAUUUGGCAGUACCAAAUAAAUGCAUCUGUUGGCUGUCUGUACACAAGGAAUGAUGCUUGCAUUUCACAGUUUUAAUUAUGGGCAUUUCACCAUUACUUUUUGUUAUAAGUAUUAGGCUGUUAGGGAACAAGUCACCUUGUACAAUGUAAGGUAGUCAGAAAUUUGGCUCAGGAAUGUUCAGCACUAAAAAAUGAUCAACAGAGUGAAUUUCUGCAUUGCUCUUGCAAAUCUGGAGCCCUACUAUUACAUUAGAAACAUAGUGCCUAAUGGAGGAGCUGCUAGUUACAGGUUUUAACUUAAAACUGACAAUAAUGUUAUUAAGUGAAUGUAAUAUUCAGUAUUAUUUAGUUUCUUUUAAGUUAUUCAAAUCCACGAAGGCAUUUCUACUGUUGGUCAGAAGGGCAGCUAUAUCAAUAAUUCAUAUUCUUUCUCUAGCUAUAACAUUAUAUAGAAAAUUGUUAAUAAAAUGUAUCAACUUUACUCAAACUACCUUUAUUGGGUUGAACAUAUUUUACACUGAAACAUAUUUGUGUGAGCUGUUCUACACCAAUAUCUAUCUAAUUUUUAAAACUAAUUACUUGGAUUUCUCAAAUCAAAACUGGAUCUGAAAUUUUGGGCCAAAGUGUCAUAGACUCUUUAAAGUUUAUCCAGUGUUCUGCAUUUAUAGCGAGUUAUACUGAAACAGUUUUGGAUUAUAUACACGUCAAAUGAGAUAUAACCAAGUUUGUAUAGAAUUUUCAAUUAUGUACAUAAAACAAUAAAGAACUGUUUUAAUAAAUGUUA